UAUAAUAAUAAAAACAAAUAAAAAUUAAAAGAUUAAAAAUAAAAAUAAAAAUAAAAAAAUUGGUGCGCUUACCACAGGACAUUACAAUAUUAUUCAUCAAGAUAGUCAACAAAAAUUAGGUAUAUCAACAAAACUACAAAGAUAAAUAUUAAAUGUAUAAAUUAUUGUUUGAUUGCUAUUGUUGACAUAUCUAACCUCGAAUACUUUUAGUCAAAAUAAACAAACACGAGACUUAACUUUGUUAAUUGUUUAUUUACAAUUAUAAAAAAUUAUUUUAAACAAUGUCAGAUAGUGAUGAUGAUAUUCCACAAUUAAGCAGUACAUCACUUGCUGCUCUUCAAGAAUUUUAUGCUGAAAAAAAAGAAAGAGAAGAACAAAUAUCAAGACUGAUUGAAAAUGCAAAUGAUCCUGAGAAACAAUGUGACAUUAAGGAUAGCAUUACUUUUGAAGAAGAUUGGCAAUUGAGUCAAUUUUGGUAUGAUGAUGAUACUAUUGAUAAAUUUGUUCAAGGUGCAAUUGCAGCAACAAAACCAGAUGGAAUAAUUGCACUUGUGUCUUGUCCAACUUUAUAUUAUCCAUUGAAAAAAAAAGCUGGUGAAAGAACUGUUAAAUUAUUUGACUAUGACACCAGGUUUCAGGCAUAUGGUAAUGAUUUUUCACAAUAUGAUUACAACAAACCAACAACAUUACCAAGUGAAUUACAAAACAAGUGUGAUCUUGUUAUUGCUGAUCCACCAUUUUUAUCAGAAGAAUGUUUAACUAAAACUUCAAUAUCAAUUAAGUAUUUAGCAAAAAAAAAUAUUGUUCUAUCAACUGGUGCAAUUAUGGAAGAACUAGCUAAUAAAUUAAUGAAUCUUGAUAAAUGCAAAUUUGAGCCACAUCAUAAAAAUAAUUUAGCCAAUGAAUUUUCUUGUUAUUCAAAUUUUAAUUUUGACAAUUUUAUUCAUUAAAUAA